AUGACCAUCUCCCUCACCAUUACCCUUACCAUCGCCUUCACCCUCACUCUCACUUCACCCUCACCCCACCAUAUCACCAUCACCCUCACCCCCAUCAUCACCCUCACCAUCAACCUCACCCUCACCAUAACCAUCAUCUUCACUAUCACCUUCACCAUCAUUCUCUCCAUCAGACUCACCCUCACCCUUACCCUCACCAUCAUCCUCACAAUAAUCCUCACCAUCACCCUCACCAUCGUUCUCACCAUCCCCAUGGCCAUCUCCCUCACCAUUACCCUUACCAUCACCUUCACCCUCACCCUCACUCACACUUUACCCUCAGCCUCACCCUCACCCCACCAUAUCACUAUCACCUUCACCAUCAUUCUCUCCAUCAGACUCACCCUCACCCUUACCCUCACCAUCAUCCUCACAAUAAUCCUCACCAUCACCCUCACCAUCACCUCUAUUUUAUAUGCAUCGCCCAAAUGUCUAUAUUCAGACCAUCGAUCAGCUUUUUCCAGCAUCACCAUCACCCUAUAG